AUGGCGGACGAUGAGCACCGAGUUAAGCGGUCUCGUUUUGACCAAACUGAGGCUGAGCCUCGGCGAUCCCGCUUUGACCGACGCUCUCGAUCCCCGUCUAACAGACAGUCAGAGUCGGCCCGCACUCGCAGCCCGCUGAGUCGCAGCCCUGGCGCAGAGACUCCAGCGAAGCCAUCUGCAGUAGAUCCGGCCGCCGCCGCAGCAGCAGCAGCAGCCAAGAUCAAUGCGCAGCUCCAGGCGAAAAAGGGCAUUCAACACGUUGAUGUCCCUCCUAUCCGUUCUGCCGACAACGCGACAGAGAAUUCCCAGUCGCCCGCCGCCGAGGGCGCCGCGAAACUGAACGCCGAAAUCUAUGUCGCAGAUGGAGACUACAUCAAAGAUAUUGAGAUCAACGAUCUGCGCAAUCGCUACACUCUGACGAAGGGAUCUACUCAGAAGAUGAGCCCUCCCCUUUACCUUCAUGUGACCAGCACCAAUAAGGAGGGUUUAGAGAAAGCAGUGGCUAUGAUUAAUGACCUGAUGCAAAAAGAACUCCCGAACCUGGUUGAUGAGCGACGUUUCCGCCGCCGUGAACCCGAGCAACAGGUGGAGCGGGAUGAGUAUGGCCGUCGCAAAUGGCCGGAUGAGCGCAUCCCCAUCGAUCUUGAGCCGAUUCCUGGUUUCAACCUACGUGCUCAAGUCGUUGGACAGGGCGGUGCCUAUGUGAAGCACAUCCAACAAAAGACUCGUUGCCGUGUUCAGAUCAAGGGCCGCGGCUCUGGCUUCAUUGAAUCGAGCACUGGUCGUGAAAGUGACGAGGCGAUGUUCCUCCAUGUGGCUGGCCCUGACGCCAACGAUGUUCAGCAAGCAAAGGAGCUUUGCGAGGACCUUCUAACCAAUGUCAAGGAACAAUACCAGCGUUUCAAGGAGAACCCACCUCAGCAUAACUACGGCGGAUACCGCGGUGGUGAUCGUGGAGAUCGUGGAGAUCGCUACCAAGGUGGAGGUGGUGGCGGUAGUGGAUACGGCGGUGGCUACAACAAUCGCCAGCAGCAUAAUACUUCCUCUGCUAGCCCUGCAGGCCAGGCUACUGCUGCUGCUUCCCCGAGCGCUGCUGCCACCCCCACUGCCGCUGACUACAGUGCCCAGUACGCCCAAUACUACGGCACUGCCGACCCAUAUGCUGCCUACGGUGGAUACCAGAACUACGUCGCAUACUACCAGUACUAUCAGCAAAUGGCUGCCGCCCAGCAGCAAGCAGAUGGCAGUGCCCCGCCUUCCGCUCCGGCUAGCGAGGCUCCUCCUCCACCUCCCAGCUCGGGAUCCCCGCCGCCUCCGCCUCCUGGUGCAGGUGGCAGCUACAACGCGGUCCCCCCACCACCUGGCCUCUAA